CGCUCGCUCCUCGUCCGCGCGCGCGCCAGGGAUGGCGUCUCUCGGGUUCUUCGGCGCGGGCGCUGUGGACGUGUCCGAUAGCUCGGACUCCGACGCCGAGGAGGAGCCGCCGCGCGAGGAGGCCGCGGACGCGACGAAGGCGGACGGCGCGAAAGACGCCGACGACGACGGCACCGCGAAGAAGGACGACGACGACGACGCCGACGACGAUUCGAAGAAGCCGUCGUCCUCCGGGCUGCCGUCGUUCCUGGAGGUCAUGAAGAACACCGAGGGCGUCGCGCCGUCGUUCACCCGCGAGGGCGCGAUGCUCGCGAACGACGGGAAGCCGCUCGACGCGAGAGUCGCGAAGGUGGCCGCGAACGCGCACGGCGGCGAUCGCGCGGGGUUCGCCGGCUUCGCGGGGGCGAAAAUCCCGGACGGCCCGCUCGUGGCGAGCGUCGACCUGGGCGUGACGCGCGUGCGCGAGAUCCCCCCGAGGGUUGCGGACCGGCUCUACGGCGACAACGGCCGCGGCCUGACGGAGAUGCGCCUCCAGACGGGCGCGAGGCUCACGCUGCCGCCGCCGGAUGACUUUCGCACCGAAGACGAAGCCCCUCGGCGGGUGAUCAUCUCCGGAUCGAUCGAAGCGGUGAACGCGUGCGUGGACGAGAUCGAGGACAUGGUGCGACAGGAUAAGCUUUCGAUGACGAAGAACGUGAUAUGCCCCGCGCACUGCGUCGGGACCGUCAUCGGCGCCGGCGGGUUCUCCAUCAAAUCCAUACAGAAAGAGACCGGGUGCGUGGUGAAGAUUCUCGGGGACUUUGGUCGCGGCGGGCCGAUGACGGACGAACAGAUUCGCGCGAUGAGCUCGACGCAGGGGGGCAUCGAUCGGUACGGCGUCGCGACGGACGCGCCGGAGCGCGUCGUCACCGUGAAAGGGCCGCCGAAGAUGGUGCAGAAGGCGGUGCAAAUGGUCCAGGCGCGGAUCGACAUGGCGUUGCGAGAGAGCGGGUGGGUGACGCGAGAUAGUUUGAAGCGCGAGCGGGAGGAGAGGGCGAUGUUCGGCAAAGGGGCGAAAAAGAAGGCGGCGACGACGGAGUACGGCGACGCGGACGAGUGGGAGAUACCGGAGGAAAACACCGCGGUGGAAGAAGUGCGAGACGUGGAUGAGUAGCUAGUUUUUUAGUUCUAUGACAACAGCGCCGGCGGCGGUCUAACCGAGCCCGGUGUUUUCGUAUCUCGACAAUCGCCUCAUGUUGUCGUCCAUCUCCCACAUCGCCUUCGCUUUCGGCGCGCGCGGGUCGUGCGGGUCCAGCAUAGAAACCGCCCCCGCGGCGUCCGGGGCGUCGUUCACGGCCGCCUUUGCGUUCACGUUCGCCGCCUCCUCCUCUUCCUUCGCUCUCUUCGCGGCGGCGAGCUUCGCGGGAAUCGACGCGUCGCGCCCCGCGCCGCCCCUCGGCGCCAUCGGCGGCGCGGCGAGGUACGCGUCGUCGUCGUCGUCGUCGUCGAUCGUCUUGCGGCGCGUCGCGCCCGCGCCGACGUUCUGACGCUUCAUCGCCGCGGUGAGGUUCGGGACGACGGAUAAGUCGUCGAGAAGCGCUUCCUUUCGCGCGCGCUCCUCCUCCGCCGGGUCGCGGGUCCUCCCUCGCGCCGCCAUCGCGUGCGCGUCCAGCCGCGCGUCGUACCCGGUCGCGACGUCCCUCGCAGCCGCGAGGUUCGCGACGCCGAGCGACGGCACGCGCUGGCGCCGCGGCGCGGUCCCGGCGACGCCGCCCGCGGUCGUGACCGCGCGCAAGAGCUUGUCCGGAUUUUGCGUCAGCUCCGCGCGUCGCCGCGCCUCCGCUUGCCUCCUCUCUUCGAUCAGACGCGCGUUCACCGCGUCCGCGGUCUCGUGCCC